GAUCGCAUCUUUAUCAUGGGGACUGUUUGCUUUUCGCGGAGCUGCUGUUUGCUCUUUGCUCUCGCCUGGGCCGGCAGGUUGGCAGGAGGCAGCGGGGGCGCAGAUGUUGACGAGUGCGCAGAAGCUACGGAUGACUGUCACAUCGAUGCGAUCUGCCAAAACACGCCGAAAUCCUACAAAUGCAUCUGCAAGCCGGGCUAUAAAGGUGAAGGGAAACAAUGUGAAGAUAUUGACGAGUGUGAAAAUGACUUCUACAAUGGGGGUUGUGUCCACGAGUGUAUCAACAUUCCAGGCAACUACAGGUGUACAUGCUAUGAUGGGUUCAUGUUAGCCCACGAUGGCCACAACUGUCUUGAUGUUGAUGAGUGUCAGGAUAACAAUGGAGGAUGCCAGCAGAUUUGUGUAAAUACUAUGGGCAGCUAUGAAUGUCAGUGCAAAGAGGGCUUUUUUCUGAGUGAUAACCAGCAUACCUGCAUUCACCGCUCCAUUGAGGGUAUGAACUGUAUGAAUAAAGAUCAUGGGUGUGCACACAUCUGCCGGGAGACGCCCAAAGGUGGGGUUGCCUGUGAAUGUAGGCCUGGCUUUGAGCUUGCCAAAAACCAGAAGGACUGCAAAUUAACCUGUAACUAUGGGAAUGGAGGCUGCCAACACACCUGUGAUGACACAGAUACUGGUCCUGUGUGUGGUUGUCAUCAGAAGUAUGCCCUACAUUCAGAUGGCCGAACCUGCAUUGAAACAUGUGCUGUCAAUAAUGGAGGCUGUGAUCGGACUUGCAAGGAUACCGCGACAGGGGUACGAUGCAGUUGCCCAGUUGGAUUUACCCUGCAGCCUGAUGGGAAAACGUGCAAAGAUAUUGAUGAGUGCCUGGUAAACAACGGUGGCUGUGACCAUUUCUGCCGAAACACAGUUGGCAGCUUUGAGUGCAGCUGCCAAAAAGGCUAUAAACUGCUGACAGAUGAACGAACCUGCCAAGAUAUCGACGAGUGUUCCUUUGAAAGGACCUGUGAUCACACCUGCAUCAACUACCCUGGUAGCUUUGAAUGUCUCUGCCAUAAAGGCUACACCUUGUAUGGACUGACGCACUGCGGAGAUAUUGAUGAGUGCAGCAUCAGCAAUGGUAGCUGUGACUAUGGGUGCCUUAAUACCAUGGGGAGCUAUGAAUGUGUCUGUCCACCUGGAAAGAAACUGCACUGGAAUAAAAAGGACUGUGUUGAGAUGGUGAAAUGUCUCCCGAAUGCCAAACCAGCUCCCAAGGCUCAGCUAGUGUGUAGUAAGACAGGAGGCAUAGAAAGCUGCUUCCUGUCAUGCCCAUCCAAUACUCUUUUUGUUCCAGAUUCGGAGAACAGCUACACGCUGAGCUGUGGCAUUCCUGUCCAGCAAGGCAAAGCUCAGCAGAAACGCAACACAACCCUGCCCAGCUGUGCAGAUUCAUUAGCCCCUCCAAUCAAGCAGAAAGCUCGUUUUAAAAUUAAGGAUGCAAAAUGCCAUUUACGGCCUCGCAGCAAAGAAAAAACAAAAGAUUCUGGGAAGCAAGCUGGUUUAGGAGGUCAAUUCCCUUGUACAGACAACUGCCAGGUGACCUUUGUGAAUCUCAAGUGUGAUUCCUCCAAGAAAAAACGUCGAGGCCGUAAGUCCCCAUCAAAAGAGGUAUCCCAUAUCACUGCAGAGUUUGAAGUGGAGAUGAAGUCGGAAGAAGUUUCAGACACCUGUAACAUUGACUGUGUUCGGAAAAGGAUGGAGCAGAAGCUGCAAACUGCAAUCAAAACAUUGAGGAAAUCUAUUAAUAAACAGCAAUUUUACAUUCAGUUUUCUGGGACAGAAUAUGAAGUGGCUCAGAAGCCAGCUAAAGCUACUGAAGGGCAUGAAGCUUGCAGUACAGGGCAAGUGCUGCAGGAUGGAAAAUGCGUUACCUGCAGCACGGGCACCUUUUAUAGCGGAGAACAUAAUCAGUGCGUUCCUUGCUCACCAGGAACAUACCAAGACACAGAAGGUCAACUUACCUGUGAGCCCUGCCCAAGUAAUGAUGGACUGGGCGUAGCGGGCGCCCGGAAUGUGUCAGAAUGUGGAGGGCAGUGUUCUCCUGGGCACUAUUCCUCAGAUGGUUUUAAACCUUGUAGAGUCUGUCCUCUUGGUACAUACCAGCCUGAACCAGGAAGGACCCUCUGCUUUCCAUGCGGCGGUGGGCUUGUGACCAAGUAUGAAGGUGCUGUUUCCUUUCAAGACUGUGAAACCAAAGUUCAUUGUUCUCCUGGGCACUACUACAACUCCACAACACACAGAUGUAUCCGAUGCCCUAUGGGAACAUACCAGCCUGAGUUUGGUCAAAACUACUGCAUCACCUGCCCUGGGAACACAAGUACAGAUUUUGAUGGUUCCACUAAUGUUACGCAUUGCAAAAACCAGCACUGUGGAGGAGAACUUGGUGAUUAUACUGGCUACAUUGAAUCGCCCAACUAUCCUGGAGACUACCCAGCUAAUGUUGAAUGCAUCUGGAAUAUAAACCCACCCCCAAAGAGGAGAAUACUCAUCGUAGUACCUGAGAUAUUUCUCCCAAUUGAAGAUGAAUGUGGUGACGUUUUAGUAAUGAGAAAAAGUGCUUCUCCUACUUCGAUUACUACAUAUGAAACAUGUCAGACUUAUGAGAGACCUAUUGCCUUUACCUCAAGAUCAAGGAAACUCUGGAUUCAGUUCAAGUCAAAUGAAGGAAACAGUGGCAAAGGAUUUCAGGUCCCCUAUGUGACAUACGAUGAGGAUUACCAACAACUAAUAGAAGACAUUGUUCGAGAUGGACGAUUAUAUGCAUCAGAAAAUCAUCAAGAAAUUCUAAAGGACAAGAAACUGAUUAAAGCUCUCUUUGAUGUACUGGCACACCCACAAAACUAUUUCAAGUACACAGCACAAGAGUCAAAAGAGAUGUUUCCAAGAUCAUUUAUAAAGCUACUGCGAUCAAAAGUUUCCAGAUUUCUAAGACCAUACAAGUAGUCCAGUGGUAUUCAAUUGUUGGUUAUUUUGCAUUCCUGUCAAAUAUUGUCUUUCCUCCAUAGUAGAAACAUUUGCUAAUUUGAAGGCUCUUUUUCGCAGUCUUUGUUUUCAGUUGUAUAUUGAAGAAUACCUACGAUGUUUUAUAAGCAUUCAAAGCCAAUAUCCUGAAUGGGAUUUUUACUACAAAAGAAAAAAAAAUGUGCAUCCUUGAGCACAUCUAGUUGAAAAUCCAAAUUUGUGUCUGCACUAGUGUAUCUUCACUUCCCAUUUGAAAUUACAUGAGAUAGAAAGUCUUCUUUCUAGCUUUUUCUUUUUCGUCAACAAUAACUUUCAUCAAGCAAAGAAGGAAUUUCUUCAAAUUGGAUUAAACUACCUGCAGAUAAGUUCUAUUGUAGAAAGACGUAUGUAGUAUAAAUAAUAUUUGCAUUUUGAAUUGCACUUGAAGUUUAUAUCUCUAGAAGAAAAGAAAACUAUCUAAAUUUUGCUAUCUCUCCUUUGUGGCUGAGUGGAACCUCUGUCCAGGUAGACAUCAAAAGGGAAAAAAGGAAAAAAAAAGCCACAGAUGUAUAAUUUUGUUUUGUGACUUACAUGAGAUUGAGUUCCUUGUCCUGGCCUCCUAAUGUUUUUAUCUGUCCUCUUCUAAACUUCUUCAGAGGCUUGCCACUGUCAGUUCACUGAAACAGAUUUAGCUCUGGAUUUCCGUACACCAAUUGGUCCCUUUGAAGGCAUUUACAAUAGGAUAGGUGAGAAAUGAACAGCAACAGUAGUAGUCUUGUUUUUCUUUCUGUUAAUAGAGCAUCUAAUUAAUUACAAUAUAUAAAUAUAUAAAUAUAUACUUCUAUUUGUGGGUACAUUGGUAAUGUUAUCUUUAGUUACUGUAAAUAUUAUUCAUGCUUAAAUCUUAAAUCCCACUCACCCUGUUUACCCGUAUCUAUUUGUAACUUUGCUUAGAUGAUUAAAUGACUUCUCCAAGUACUUGUCACUUCCGUUUACAACAAACUGAAGCUUUUUGAAGUUUUGUAAUACUGGAUAAUGGUUUACUCUGGGACAAUCUCUUUUAAUAUAUAUUAUUCCAGGAGAAAUAACAUCAGUUAAGAUGCAACUGCUGUCCAGUAAGGUGUCAGCUGUUGUCUCUUCUUUGGGCACCCCUCAGAUACAGACCAACAGAGUUAACCAUGAGGAUGACAUGCAUAGAGGUGGAACUCCUCACUGAGGAGGAAUUUCUGUUGGACCUGCCAACUCUGAAAUGCUGGGAACAGACCUGUGUCACAGGCCUAGGCUCUGUGGAGGUGAGGGGUGAACAGGACACAGUUUUGCAGAUAAAAGCAGGCCCUGCAGCCUUCAGAGACCUGGCACUCCCUUUUGUCACAGGGGCUGCAAGAGAACAUUAGCCUCAUGGUCAGGCCUUCCUUAUGGAGUGACACGUACUGGUCGGGUGAGAGCAUGAUAAAUCCUGUGUUUUCUAGCACAG